UCUUAUCAAAUUUAUGCAAAAAAUCAAUCCUAAAAUAGUCAGCUUUUUCUAAGAUGUAAUGCAUAAUUCAGUGCCCCUUUGCAGGAGGGUGGAGGGAAAGGAGUUUAUGCAACAAACUUGCACCAAACAAAAAGAGAGGUGCAUUCCUCCUGCCGUACCUGAUCAUGCUGUUGCUGUGCGGGAUUCCGCUGCUAUUCAUGGAGUUUGUCAUCGGACAGUACACCCAAUUUGGCCCUGUCCUCGCCUUGGCUAAAAUCUGCCCUCUCCUGAAAGGUGUGGGUGUGGCGACAGUGGUGAUUUCAUUCUUACUUUGCACUUAUUACAAUGUUAUUAUCACCUGGGCUUUAUACUACUUCUUCAACUCCUUCCGGUGGUCGCUCCCCUGGCAAAGCUGCAACAAUACAUGGAACGUUGUGGAAAACUGUUCUGACGGAUUUUCUGGGAACGCUACUCACCUCAGAUCUAACAGCCAACAAUUUUUCGAUUACAGGCUACUGCAGAUCAGCAGCGGGAUUGAUCAGAUGGGGAAAAUGCGCUGGGAAUUAUUUGGUCUACUGAUAGUGUCUUGGAUCAUUGUCUAUUUCUGUAUCUUCAAAGGAGUCAAGUCGACUGGAAAGGUCGUUUACUUUACAGCCAUUUUUCCCUACAUUAUCUUAAUAAUUUUGUUCAGCAAUAAUGUGCAGUUGCCAGGUGCCAUGAAGGGAAUCCAUUUUUUCCUUACACCCAAAUGGGGCAAGCUACUGGAAGUCCAGGUGUGGGUGAAUGCUGCCGCGCAGGUCUUUAACUCCAUUGGAAUCGGAUUUGGCUCCAUGAUCUCUAUGGCCAGUUACAACAAAUUCAAUAACAAUAUCCUCAGAGACACGCUCAUCGUGGCAUUGACCAACUCAGCUACAAGUAUCUUUGCAGGAUUUGUGGUUUUCUCUGCGAUCGGUUACAUGGCCCACCAGCACCACAUGCCUGUUGAGGACAUCGCUACUGAUGGACCAGGACUUGUGUUUGUUGUUUAUCCAGAGGCCUUUGUCACCAUGCCCAUUGCACCGAUGUGGGCUACACUGUUCUUCUUCAUGCUUCUCUGCCUAGGUGUGGACAGCCAGUUUGCUAUGGUAGAAGUAAUGGUAACCAGUUUGAUGGACAGUUGGGGGAAAUCUCUACUUCACAUCUUCAGACGGAAAGAGCUGGUGGUUUUUGGCGUCUGUUUUGUAGCCUUUGUACUUGGGAUUCCCAAUGUUACUCAGGGUGGAAUCUAUUUCUUCCAGCUGAUGGAUCACUACACAGCAGUCGUCUCGCUCAUGUUUCUGGCUUUCUUUGAAGUUAUAGCCAUUUGCUGGCUUUAUGGUGUCCGCAGGAUAUCUAGCAAUGUUCAGGAGAUGUUGGGAUCUCCUCCUAACAUCUUUUUCAAGGCGUGCUGGUGGUUUGCUGCUCCACUUCUCGUCACUAUUAUCCUGGUAUCUAGUAUAAUCCAGUACACCCCGGCAAAAUAUGGGAAAACCUAUGUCUAUCCACCGUGGGCUGAGGUACUUGGCUGGUGUGUCUCCCUCUGCUCAAUUAUCUGGAUCCCACUUGGAGCUGUUCACACAUUAUACAACGGGAAAGGCACACUUAUUGAGCGGCUUCAUUCGUCAAUCACACCAGUCGCUGAUGUUCUCUCAGUGGAAAACGAGGACCUCAUGCUCAAGGCAAAGUCUGACAUGUCGAACUCCAUGUAUUCUGGUGUCGUCGUUGAAUGUGUUCGUCUUUCAGAAGAAACCAGGGGCCCUUAGAAACGUGCAUGUUGAACAAGUGUUUAGAAAAGUAGUUUGAUGAGUAUUUUACCGAUCCUGUGGGGUUUUUUUUUUACUCAGGAGCGAAUAGACAGACAUUCUGUUGCCAUUGUGUCACCAUUGUGUCAGGUCUGCAACUUGUUUUAAAAAACAAAAAGGAUUUAUAGUCGCUGUAUUUAGUUAUGGUGAAGUUACGUGCGUCCCAAUGGUAAAAAGAUUCCCAUGGGAAGUGAGAGGUCUAUAAUCACACAAGAUGUAAGUGAGAUUGGUGGAUGAGAGCAUCUCAACAAUGGAGUAAGCUAAUUAAUUAAUGACUGUUGGUGGAAGAUGAUACAGGGUGACCCAAUUAUAAUGUGGUGGUCGUCUCGGUCCAUAAUCUCGGAACCCUACAUUAAAACAAGUCUGAGAAGAUGUCAGUCUUUGCACCGUGGGUCAAGUCAACACUGAUAUCUGUUGACCACCCACUUUAAACAGACUCUCACUAAACCAACAACGCCUUAAAACAGGGUCACCCAAUAUUUUGGCGCUCCAUCACAGGUAAAUGUGGAUACUGACAAUGAGUACCAAAAUACAAUCUUCCAUUAACUGCCAUUGUGUAAAUUCGUCUCAGUUAUUGACUGGUCUUAAUCUAGGUGAUUUAGCUGCUUUCAAUUUGAUUUGCAAAUUGGAGCUGAAAUGUAACAUUUGCUUCAUGUGUACAAUUAGAACCAAUACAUCUCAAGGAAGGCUCAAGACCCUCCUCUUCGACCGUGCCUUUGGCCACCCUCCUACCUCUCUGCCCUCCACCCUCCCUGAUCCCAACCCCACGACCCUCGGGUCCUAAUCCCUGACUGUCCAGCACCUUGGGAUGUCCUCCCGAGGUGAAAGGUGCUUUACAAAUGUAACUUUGGAUUGUAUAUCCAGUUUGAGACUAAAGUAAGUACUGUAUUGACAGAAUGGGUCGAGGGAAAUGUAAACUAGAUUUGUUGGACACUGAGUAAAUGCCUACCCAGGUCUUUGACAUAGUGACCACUUGCACAUAACAUUCCUCAAACUAUUUCAAAGAAGGUAUCCUUUACAUCUGACGCUGAUUGUUUGGCAGAUGGUAAUUGAAUUUUAAUGUUACGUUAAAUUUCUGCAAUAUAUUUGGGGCAAUUAGUAACAGUAGCACGAAAGGAGCAGACAUUCUGAGAUAAUAAUGAACCGUUCAUGAUGAAACUAAUGGUGCCAAUGUUCUUCUUUUCAAAUUACGUUCAGAAACCAACCAAUUCAGCCAAAAUCUACCUUAGAUCAAUUGUCUGAAACCGUUUCACACAACACUAUUAGUUGAUGUGCUUGAGGAUUCUGCUUUCGAUAUUCCAGAAUCUAUUCAUUUUGUUUGCUUGAGACGCGAAAGGUGCUAUACAAAUGUCACUUCGAAUUGCCGAUGUUACUCAUUUGUUUUUAUGACAAAUCACAAUAGAAUUGUUCAGACAAA